AUGUCGUGCUACAUACAGCAGUGCCUCCCUCCAGUCUACCAGGAACCCAUCCCCAUCAAGUGCCCGCCGAUGUACACUGCCAGACACCCACCAGUGUCUACCUGGCACUCGACACUGUGCAUCCCACAGCAUGUGACCCCCUGCAUCCCCCGGCAGCGGAUCAUGUCCUCCAGCUUCUCCCAACAGCAGUGUGUGACCAAGUGCAUGCCACAGCAGCAGUAUGCAACCAAGUGUGUGCCGCAGCAGCAGUGUGUGACCCAGCACAUCCUACAGCAGCCAUGUGUAACUCGAUGUGUGACAACUUGCGUGCCGCAGCAGCAGUGUGCGACCAAGGGUGUGUCGCAGCAGCCUUGUGUGACCAAGUGUAUGCCGCAGCAGCAGUGUGCGACCAAGUGCGUGACCGCCUACGCCCCCCAGCAGCAGUGUGCGACCAAGUGCAUCCCGCAGCAGCAGAGUGCGACCAGGUGCGUGACCACGUGUGUGCCACAGCAGCCAUACCUGACCAAGGGCAUCCCACAGCAGCAGUGUGCGACCAAGUGCAUCCCGCAGCAGUGUGUGACCACGUACACCCCUCAGCAGCAGUGUGCGACCAGGUGUGUCACCACGUGUGUCCCCCAGCAGCGUGCAACCAAGUGUGUCUCGCACAAGUUUGUGACCUCCUGUGCCCCGCAGCAGUGUGCCACCCCGUACAUCCCGCAGCAAUGUGCGACCAGGUGUGUGACCAAGUGUGUCCCGCAGCAGUGUGCCACCAACUGUGCUACCAUUUUACUUCCCCUGUAG